CCUGACUAAAUGGGGAUACCUCCGCAAUACGAUAGGGCUGGCCACAGGGGCUUGAUGGAAAUGGAGGACGUGCAUGAAUAACGGCCUGCAGGGGCCAAUUUGUCAGAAAACCGGAAACACCCAGGCAUCAGAGUCAGCAUUAUUUCAAUGCUAUGUAUGGCCUAUAACAAGCUUCCCAACAAAUGUCAGGGUAGGUCCUCUGGUCCGGCAAUUUUGCUUUGUCCCCAUGAUUUGGAAAUCGGGGGAUGAAAUAAUUAGGUUACCCAACAAGUCAGCAGAACAAGAGGUGAUUUUUCUUGGGGAUCAUUUGUUUAGUCGUAGUUCAUUCCCAACAUAAUGAUGAGGUAGUAUUCCGGAGAGGCCCCACAGUGUUGGUCAUCCUGCUUUCAUAUGGUCCAGCAUCGCAAUGUUCAUUUAGUCUUCCAAAGCUCGAAUAUCAACAGUGAUGAGAUCCGAAGAAACGUUCGCUUUCCAUUACUUAUGUCCGAAUGCAACAAUAUGUCCCAACAGCUGAAUGUCGAUUGGCAAAGGCGAAUAAUCCCCCCAAUAAAGGGUAAACAUUAGGUUAUUCUUUUUUCAAUAUCCCGGAUACCAAAGGCAGAGCUCAGAAUUGAGCUACUGAUACUAGUAUGCGUCGAAGAUCAGUGGGGAUCAACGGUUCUGUCUCGUAGCAUAAGGGUCCAUGCCUUUGCUAAGCCUCGUUAUUGCGCAUAGCCGCGGUUGCUAUUAUUAAAAUAAAAGAUGUUCCCUAAAAAUAGAGACAACACCAUGCCGCUACGGCCGGAUACCAAAGCGUUGGUCGUCUUUCUGGCCAUGGUGAAUGUGUGCAUAUCAGUAGAGAGUAGCGAGCUUAAGGCGAGUGUUGGGGAACGAAUAUCUUUCGUUUUUUCCCCUUGA